ACAAAAAAUAAAACUUUAUAAUAACAAUAUUCUAAGGAUAAUUCAUACAUUAGCAAUAAAAGGUCAUAUAAAAUAUAUUGAUAAAAUGAUAUUACAUCUUAAAAAUUCAUCACCAUUUCUUAGUGAUGAUAUUCAUAUUGUAUUACAAUUAAUAUAUUCUAAUCAAAUGGACGUAGUCCUGAAAAUACUGUCACACAUCAAAGACGAGAGCAUUUCAAGACUAUGUAUACAGAAUUUAGUUUAUCUUAGUAUGGGUUUUUAUGCUAUUAUCAAAAUGUGUAAUUCUCUUGCAAGUGCAGAACUGUGCAGAGAUCCUUUGUUGUGGGCAUUGUAUUAUUCAUAUUUAAGAAACGACGAUCUAUGCCUUUCCUUACUGAAAAUAUGUAAAAAUGAUUAUAAAAUAAAACCACAUUUCUUUUGGCCACUUCUAAUUAAAAAGGUAGAAAUGUAUGAUUUAAAAGGCAUGUUAGAUGUUCUUAAGAUCAUGGUUAAUGAUUUUAAUGUAACACCUUGUAUUAAUACAAUUUCUAACUAUGUUCUACCAUCCAUGGUUGCCGAUAUACAUUCUUCAAGAACAUUAUUGAUAGAAUGUGGAAUAAGUUCCACAAUAAUUGACAAUGCUUUUGUACUGAUGUGGCUAAGUGAAUUAAAAACUCAGAAUGCUGGAUACUAUGUUAGGUCCUAUCGUGGUCCAUAUAUGUACAAUGAAAUCGCAUACGAUAUUCGGAAGGCUUUAUUUUCCACAAAUGACUUGAAAAAUCUUAUUUAUAUCUAUAAUCAGUUGAUAGAGGGUGACGAGUCACAUACAGAUACAUUGAUAUAUGUACCUAUAGAUAAACUACUACUGGACUUGAUUGCUGAUUAUCCUGAAAAUAAAACAUUUAUAAAUAUGGUAAUAAGAUACUUCGCAAAACGAGGAAUUCAAAUUUCAUAUAAUACAGCACAAACUGUAUCACGCGUCUUCGGUGACUCAAAUGUGAACUGUGAUGUAAUAUCUGCAAAUCGACGGAUGAUGCAACCGAAUUAUUUGGUUAAAAAGAGGAAUUAGUUUCAGUAAGAUUUGUUUUGUAGAGUUAGAUGUAUCUUAAUUUUUUGUGAAAGAGAUUUAAUUAAUUAAUUAAUUAAAAUUAAUAAUAAGAAAUAUUAAUUACGAUAA